AUGACGGACGAGGACGAGAAGAGAAGGAAACAAAAGGAACGAUUGGAACGAGUGAAGAUACUCUUAGAGGCGAAGAAGAAGAAGGAGAUGGAGGCGAAAGAUUACGUAAAGAAGAGCGAGAAAGGCGAGGAAAAGAGCGGUGAUGUGAGAGGUAUCGGGGCGAACCCGAGUUUUUUAGCGCCGCGCGGCGGCAACAACAACAUGAACAACAAGAGAAGCUUUGGGGAGCGAUUCGGAGGAGGAGGAAGGAAAGGUGACGAUUCUGUCGCCGCCGGUCUUCGAGUCGGCGAAACCGGUGGGAAUGGUGCUCUUAACAUCAACGACGAAGAAGGAGAAGAAAAGAACGACGACGACAUAGACCCUCUGGAUGCGUUCAUGACGAAAGAGAUACACCCGGAAAUCGCGGAGAAGGAACGUGCGGAACGAAAGCGAGUCGAACGAGAACGGGAGGAGCGAGCGAACAUGGACGAAGGGAAACAGAGGAAGAUAUUGAAAGCGUUGGUGAACGACUCCGACGACGACGACGACGAUGGGAAUAACGAGAAUAACAAUAGCAAACCGAAUGAGAUUAUAUACAUUCCAACGAACAAAGUAAAGUUGUUCGUCGGCGCUUCCGGCGAGAAUGUGAAGCGAAUGCAAAAAUCGAGCAACUGCCGCGCGCAAAUAAGGAAGAAAGCGAAAGCGAUGUACGAAGGCUUUUCCGGGCAAAAAGUCGUCUUAAUCAACGGCGACGAGAGCGACGAGAACGAAAAAGACGACGCGAAAACGUGCGUGGAGUUGUACGGCGACAACGAAGCUGUCAGAACGUUUAAACUGUUACUCGAAGACUUGUUCGCUCGCGCCAAGAAAAUGAAAACUGAGAGUCGCAAACAGGACCGCGAUCGGCAAAAGGAGAAGAGGAUGCGAGAAAAGCGCUUGUUUCACUUGCGACACGCCGCAGAUUACGAGCGUCUCGGCGUUCCUCUCGGCGCGCCUCGUAAAGAGAUUGAAAAAGCGUACAGAAAGUUGAUGCUCGCUUUACACCCGGAUAAACACCGCUCGAAACCAACGGACGACCGCGAAAGAAUCCAACGCCAAUACGACGACAUGCGCGCGAGUUACGACAAGUUAUUAGCCGUGGACGAAGAGAACAUUCAAGAGACGAAAGUGUUGGGAAAAAAAUCACACGAAGAUGAGUUAGAGAGUUUAGUUCCCGAGGAGGAAAAACGAAUGGACGAGUUGAAAAGAAAAAUCGAAGAGGCCAAGGCGAAAGUUUUGUCGUCAACCGCCGCGACGAAGACGCGUUUUACCACCACCAGUUGA